CAGGUUUUCUCAGAUGGUGCUCACGUCUGUCCAUAUGGCCUUUGGUAGUGUACUUGGACACUGGGAUCUGGGCCAGAGUAAUGUAAUAAGCUGCCAUCUCGGAAAGGCAUUAUCCAUAUUAUUCAGGGCACCUGAGGAAAGCAUAUAUGACCGUGGGACUCUCCAUCAAGAACUUAAACAGAGAACUAUGUUUUCCUUUGGCCAUUAAAGUGAGUUCUGGUGGUACAGCCGGGCAUUUUCCUCUCUGCAGAAAUGGGAGGAAGUCGUUUGACUAGGAUUCAUCAGGGCUCACAAACCAAUGGUCGGAGGGCCCCCACAUUUGUUCUUUAGUUUGGUCUCUAAGUCUUUCUGGAAACUACUUCCUCAACAAGACAACACGAAAGCUUUGGGACAAUAAGACCGACUUUUCUACAGAAUGCCAGCAAAGGCAUGACAUCACUUUCUUGGCUCGGCCAAGGAAAGUUCCAAGAAUUGAGCGGUCUAUAGGAAACACCAAAAUCCAUGUGCAUGCAUUGAUGCAGCACAUGAUAUAUAUAAAAGCUCCAGAUCGUCCUAAUCCAUCUUCACAAGUCACAAGUGAAAGCUUGAACUAGAACCAUCUCUCUAAUUUCUAUCUGAGUUCCUUCGUGUUGUCUCCAAAAUGAAGAAAGCUGCAGAGCUAGUUUUCAUUCCUUCCCCAGGUGUUGGCCAUCUCGUGUCUGCAGUCGAGAUUGCGAAGCUCUUGGUUGCUCGAGACGACCAACUUUUCAUCACAGUGCUCACCAUGAAGCUACCUUUCGACUGCAUGCCCAAGGGUACUGUUGAUGCCUACACAGACUCCAUGUCACAACGUAUCAAGUUCGUCGAUCUCCCGGAGGAAGCCAUAGAGACUCGGGGCAUCAACCCUAACCUCUUCCUCAAGUUUUUCAUUGAGAAUCAUAAGGCCCACGUUAAAGAUGCUGUCACCAAACUCACUGAGUCAGAUCAGUCCGAUUCCAAGCCUAGGCUUGCUGGGUUUGUCGUCGACCUGUUCUGCACCUCUAUGAUAGACGUGGCCGAUGAAUUUGGGGUUCCUACGUACAUCUUCUUCACGUCCAGCGCAGGGUUUCUUGGUCUCAUGUUUCACCUCCAAACCCUUCAUGAUGAGCAGAACAAGGACUGCAUUGAGUUCAAGGACUCGGACGCUGAGUUGGUUGUGCCGAGUUUUGUCAACCCAUUGCCUGCUGGAUCAGUCUUACCUGGUGUGUUUCUGGACAAGCAUGGCGCCGCUGAAUUCAUCAACCAUGCCAGAAGGUUUAGAGAAACCAAGGGUAUUUUGGUAAACACAUUCAUUGAGCUAGAAUCGCAUGCCCUUCACUCUAUUUCUGACGAGGGCAAAACUCCACCCCUGUACCCAGUGGGACCCAUACUGAACUUGAAGAGUGACGAUAACCAUAAAGGUUCGGAGAUCUUAAAGUGGCUUGAUGAUCAGCCUCCGUCGUCUGUAGUGUUCCUCUGCUUUGGGAGCAUGGGAAGCUUUGGUGAGGACCAGGUGAGAGAGAUAGCGUGCGCGCUGGAGCACAGUGGGCUUCGGUUCUUGUGGUCCCUACGCCAGGCCCCACCAAAAGGGGUGGUUGCGUUCCCAAGUGAUUAUGCAGAUCACAAGGGGGUCUUGCCGGAAGGGUUCCUCGACCGGACGGUUGGGAUUGGCAAGGUUAUACGAUGGGCUCCACAAGUGGCCAUUUUAUCUCACCGGGCAAUCGGAGGGUUCGUAUCCCAUUGCGGGUGGAAUUCAACGCUGGAGAGUCUAUGGCAUGGUGUGCCGGUUGCCACAUGGCCAAUGUACGCGGAGCAACAACUAAAUGCCUUUCAACUGGUGAGGGAUUUGGGUUUGGCAGUGGAAAUUAAGAUGAGUUAUAGGAGGGACGAUCAAGUGGUGGUGAGUGCAGAGGAGAUAGAGAGAGGAAUAAAAGAGGUGAUGGAGCAUGAUAGUGAUCAAAGAAAGAGGGUUAAGGAGAUGAGUGAGAAGUGCAAGAAAGCCUUGAUGGACGGUGGAUCCUCACACUCUUCAUUGGGUCGUUUUAUAGAUCAGCUUUUCCUUUGACUCAUUCGGGAGUCCAAUUGGUAAUUACUAGUUAAUACGAGUUUAUGAGUAUUUUUGUACUAACUUGAAAGCAAUGGAAGAGAUGACUCUACUUUUUGUAGUGGUAUUCUAAUCUACUUCGACUUCUCGGAGGCCAAGCCAACAAGCAAUUUGUUAUUUAUCAUUUUCGUCAUAGUUUUUGUUAGUUGCUGAUUUAUUA